UCUUCAAAGUAAGAAGAAGAGGCAAAAUCUAAAAAUGAGCGCAAGGAAGAAAACAUGGGUGAGGUGCGCCUUUAGCGAGAUGGACAUUUCCACCACUCCAGUUACUCCGGAGGCCACUCCUGCCAAGCGCACCAGAAGUUCAGGCAAUGUGAGCACCAGAAUUUCGAGGUCUCAUAGCGGGAACUCAACUCCAACGCAAGUUUUGCCAAUAGAAUCCGUGGAUCUCACAGCCGUAGAUGAUGAAAAGGAUGCGGAUAGUACUGGCCCAAUACCAGAGGUUAAGGCAAACUGGAUGGAGAGCUUUGCGCCUGCUGCGAGCGAGGAUUUAGCCGUGCAUCCCAAGAAGAUUGGAGAACUUCGCGAUUGGCUGCGUCACUGUGAAGCAAUGCGAAAGAAAUUCCCCGCUCAAAUGUGUCUACUCACAGGACCCACUGGUGCGGGCAAAACUGCCACUUUGCGUGUCCUAGCCAAAGAGUUCGGCUUCCAGGUGCAGGAGUGGAUCAAUCCUGUGGACUGCGAGGUGGUCAACGCCUUGGGGGAUCAACCGAGUGGCAGUUCUUACGUGGGCUCCCAUCUGGAAGCCUUCAAAAGCUUCCUACUACGCGCCUCACGAUACAAAUCCCUCCUGGACUCGCACAGCAAAAGACUGCUCCUCGUCGAGGACUUUCCCAACGUUUUGCUCAGCGAUAAGGAGGCCAACUUUGAGGAGAUACUAGAUGAAUACUCCACCUACGGCAAAUCCCCAUUGGUGUUUAUCUUGGCCGAUGCGAAAUCUCGUGGCUUAAACAUCAGCUACCGCCUUUUUACGGAUGAACUAAAGGCCAAACAUCGCAUCGAGCACAUCAGCUUCAAUUCUAUUGCAUCCACAAUAAUGCAAAAGUCGAUUAAAGCCUUUUGUUCCGUGAUGCAGCAGCCGCAAAAUAAAGCUACUUACAAGUUGCCCUCGUCCACUGUGGUUGACUCAAUAGUUGUGGGUGCCCAGGGCGACAUUAGAAAUGCAUUGAUCAACCUGCAUCUGAGCUCCUUGAAGGGGGUUCCAAGCAUGCCCACCAAGCAGUUAAAUGUCAGCGUAGCCACCAAGGGACGCAAAAAGAAAAUGCAAAGCACUCUGAAGUCCAUUGGUAGAGAUGAAUCCAUAACUUUGAUGCACGCAUUGGGGAGAGUGCUGAAUCCUAAGUUCAAUGAGGAAAAACGUAUGCUGCAUAGCCCCGAGGAAAUAACCGAAGCUUUUAACACAGAACCAAGGAAUUUUGUAAACUUUGUACAUGCCAAUUAUCUGCCACAUUUUAAAGACAUCGAGGAUGUCGUGGCCGCCGUUAAUGACUUGGGUCUGUCAGAUGUUAUGCUCGAUGAGUAUCGCGACAGUUCAUUGUCCACAAUGGGUCUUAACAUUGCUAUACGGGGUGCUAUGCUGGCCAAUAGUUCCCCCGUGAGCGGUUGGAUGCCAGUUCGGGGACCCAAGCGAAUUAAUAUACAGUCACAAGCCACUUUGGCAGAACAAAGACUAGUUGGCGUGGGUUACUCGGGCAUUUCCAAAUCGCUUUAUGCAACCGAAUACAGCUCCUUUGUCAAGUGCAUAGCUGGCAAACUUUCGGAGUCCCAAUCAAGCCAAAGUACCGAUUCUAUUUAAGCUGAGCCCAUUAGCUAAAUUUCAUAGAAGAUUUUAAUAAAUAAAGUUAAUUUAUCUUAUAUUAAAUCUUAUAUAUAAAUAUAAAGGAAACUCAUUUUUGAAAAGACGCCCUUGGGACAAAAUGGAGACUUAAUUUAAGAAAUAAACACAUUUUCAAGCAAACAAAAACUUAUACAUUU